UUUUUUGUAUACUAUUGAAGAGUAACUAUUUCACAAAGUACACUGUCUACCAAUUUUUUCUUUUGUGUUACUUGAAUCCCUUUCUUGAAGUGUUAAAUUAAUUUUAUAACAAUUUACAUUAUGGCGUCAGAUGGUUUCAGUCGAAAAAUGCGUAUCCAUAAUUUUAAGAAUCGUGGUAAAGACGCAGAUGAGAUGAGACGUCGAAGAAAUGAACAAACGGUUGAAUUGAGAAAAAACAAGCGUGAAGAAUCAAUUCUUAAGAGACGUAAUGUUCCUAUUACGGAUGCUUCUUUGGACGCUGAUGAUGAACAGUGGAGAUCGUCAUUUAAUAGUUUACAGGAGAUUGUUCUAAGUGCUGCUAGUGCUGAACCAGAUACAAGACUUAAUGCUGUGCGAGCGGCUCGUAAAUUACUUUCAAGUGAUAAAAACCCGCCCAUAGAUGAACUGAUAAAAUCUGGAAUAUUACCCAUCUUAGUUGAAUGUUUAAAACAGCAAGAAUCCUCUUUACAAUUUGAAGCAGCUUGGGCAUUAACCAAUAUAGCCAGUGGUACCUCUGAACAAACACUGGCUGUUGUUCAAUCAGGUGCGGUACCCAUAUUCUUGGAACUCCUUCAUUCAUCUAGUGAUAAUGUUUGUGAGCAGGCAGUCUGGGCUUUGGGUAAUAUUAUCGGAGAUGGGCCUAAACUUCGGGACUAUUGUAUCAAACUGGGUGUUGUUAAACCUCUAUUAUCCCUCAUUGAACCUGAUAUGGCGCUUUCCUUUCUGCGUAAUGUUACCUGGGUAAUUGUUAACCUUUGCCGAAAUAAAGACCCACCACCUCCAAUAGAAACCAUUCAGGAGCUUCUUCCUGCAUUAGCCUAUCUGAUUCAUAAUAAAGACAUCACUAUUUUGGUUGAUACUGUAUGGGCCUUGUCCUAUUUAACUGACGGUGGUAAUGAACAGAUUCAAUUAGUUAUCGAUAGUGGAAUUGUUACCAGUCUUGUACCACUUUUGUGUCAUAAAGAAGUUAAAGUUCAAACAGCGGCUCUUCGUGCUGUUGGUAAUAUAGUUACAGGAACUGAUGAACAAACUCAGGUUGUUCUGAAUUGUAAAGCACUCAGUUAUUUCCCUGCUCUCCUUGAACAUCCUAAAGAAAAAAUCAACAAAGAGGCUGUCUGGUUUUUAUCCAAUGUCACUGCUGGUAACCAACAACAAAUUCAAGCGAUCAUUGAUGCCAAUCUAAUACCUGGAAUUAUUCGUCAUUUAGCUCGGGGUGAUUUCCAAACUCAACGUGAAGCUGCAUGGGCCAUUACCAAUAUGACUAUUAGUGGAAACAAAGGUCAAAUUGAAUACCUUGUUUCUCAAGAUGUUAUCGGACCAAUGUGUGAAUUACUACAAGUCAAAGAUGUUCAAGUACUUCAAGUGGUCUUGGAUGGACUAAUGAAUAUACUGAAAAUGGCGGGUAAAAACUUUUACCCAAUCGCCGCAGAGAUAGAAAAAUGUGGUGGUCUCGAUAAAAUUGAAAUAUUACAGAACCACGAUAAUUCUGAUAUUUAUAAGCUUUCCUAUGAAAUAAUUGAUACAUUCUUCUCAGAUGACAAUGACGAAGAUGCUUCGCUCUUACCAGCUACCAAUGAUGGUACUGGAUUUGAAUUUAGUAACACUAAACUUCCUGAUUCUGGAUUUAACUUUUGAACUCUGAAUUGGCAUUGAAUUCGAGCGAACUGGAUUGUCAUUGUGUUUGGCAUUGUGAAGUGACACGAAUGUUUUUAAUUGGUCAACUCUGAUUUUUGUCUCCUAUUUCUAUCUCUAUCUCUUUCCGGCUCAUGCUGAUUAUCUUGAAACAUUGGAAACAUUAACUCAACAAUCAGAGUUACAUAGAUUAUGACGUAUAUAUAUUCCACCAAUACAAGAUUAAAUCUGUAAAGGUUCAUCUUGGAUAAAAUUUUUUCUCAGUCUCACUUUCACUUCUUAACUAGUAAUUGUAAGAAAAACUUAAUAUUUAUAAAAUUAAGAUAAAUUGUACGUAAACAAAACAGGAAUAUAUACUCCAUCUAUGUAAAUCUGAUUUCAUUUGCGUUAUUCAAAGCGAAUUUCCAAAUUCCUCCUUUCCUAUUGUAACUGUUUCCUUGCUCUCUCUCCCCUUUUAUGCUCAUCGACUCUUCAAUCGAUUCUGUGUGUAGACAAUGAUUGUGACAAUUUGUUUUCAUCGAAGUGAAAACAAAACUGAAUAACGGACUCUUUCCACCGAAGUUAACAAAAAAAAGUAUCGAAUCAAUCUUUGAAAAUAAUGUGUUUUAAUAACAAUCCUUGGCUACAAACAUAAAAAUGGUUAACCAUA